AUGGAAAACGCAUACUUAGAAGUUGCUCCAAAUCAUUCCAACACGAAAGAUUACACAAUUGCUUUUGGCCGAAUGACGUCACUGAAAAGUACUACAAACAGAGCAUCGAGACAACUUAAUAGUCAAGACAAGAAAGAUGAUAGUAAGACAUAUAAAACAAAGCAACCCCUGUCUAGGAAAAACCUUCCCCAUAGUAACGGCGUUAUUGAUAUAGCAGGUGAACCGGCUACUAGUAGGAAGCUAAGAGGCCCGCCCCAGAAAAAAAUAGAUUUACAAAAGCCAGAAAAGCAGUUGAAGAUUAACCAAAUGCCAAAACGUAAUUUAAAUCCCAUCAAGAAAAGACCGUCUAAAGAAAAGCCGCAUAGCCACUUAACACAGAACCGAAAUGUUCAAAGGGUAGAAAUCUUCAACACGGCACCAGAUUUUAAACAAGUUCUUGAAGUGCCACCUUCUCUUGCUACGACAAGGCCAAUCCCAACGUUGGGAUUGAUUUAUGGAGAUUCCAUACUGAGUAAUGACAUUUACAAUGAUUACUUCUUGGAUGCGAGAAAUGAAAAUCAUAAUGAUUAUAAUCAUCCAGAUUCAAGUACCGUUCCUGAUAUAACUUGUCCUGUUAAUGCUAUCUGUGGCAACAAUAAUGCCAGUGAAGACCAAAAUAAGUCUUCAAUAAUUAGUUUGAAAUAUGGUAAUAAAGCCUUCAAAACAACGAAUGAUAAUAUAAAAGAUUGGCUAACCUCAGAACUAGAAAAACCAACACGAGAUAAUGAAUCCGGCUACCAUUCUACUAGUCCACCAAGGCAAUCUGAUGAUAAAAAUAAAUCAAACACCCCAAAAGAUACGAAAGCCGAUAUCAUUCGGAAAUAUUCUCUCCUUUUUAAGAAACGAAGAGAAAACAAAAAGUCUGUUUCGACCACUGACAUAUCUAAAAAAAGUAGUGGGUCAAACUCCGUGAAGCAAAAGUCUACAACACUAAAGAACCAAUUUCCAUUGCCAAAGAUGAAUACCGAGACAAAAAUGCUCAGACCUUCAAAUCCUGUAUUUUACACAACUUACAAAUUCCCAUCUACGCCCAAUCCUACACACAAUCAAGAAUACAGUGCCAGUGCUGGUGUACCAUCUUACGUUGAAUGUCCGUCAGAGGUUUUACAGAGAACUACUAACUUCGAAACGGAAGGUCGAGAAACACCAAGCACUGUAAACGGGAAGGAAGACUUCCGUGAUGACCUCUCUAGUCACGCGGCAUGCGAACAUCUGGAUGAUUUUAGUGAAACAACUGAUCUGUGCGAUUGGAUUCUACCAAGCUCCCAGUGCAGUGCAGUCUUCAAAACCUCGAAGGAGUCCAAUACUACACUCAGCUCGUGGCGGGGCCGAAGGGAUAAUCUGUCUAGUGACUUUUCCAUGUUUAAAUAUCCAGAGAACUGCAGUUACCACGAGUAUUUUUACCACUACUGCUGGCGUAAAGAGGGGGCCGGCAGAGACAUUGACAGACAACAGAUCCGCGACUGCUUGGGAAGGUGCAAGAAAUGUCAGAAAUAUAGACGCCACCCAAACAACAGGGAUAAGAUUCGAAUGAUGCACUACUUACAACGCUACCACUGGGACAACGCGGAUGUGCAGACAACCCUUCUUGUAUAUCAUGAGACAGGCACAGAUGCGGUCGCGAAAAACCAAAAAUCGGCGAAUAUCGCUACGGAAUGCAGCGAGCCAAGCAAGCCAAAGGAAACGGGACCUCAAACCAUAUCGCAAGCUUCCUCGCCACAAAAGAGUAAAAUAAUACCAGAUGUUAUAAAGCUGAAAGAAAUCGCAAACGUAAUUACGAAUUCGAAAAAUACCGGGACAGAAGUUACAGAGUCAGUCUUCUUAUCUACGAGUGAUGUGACGAAUACACCAUCUUAUUUGAAUGAGGCUUUACAACAGUGCAUAUGCAAGCCCAUGCUGGUCGCUUGUCACAAUGCGGCAACGGAUAUUCAAUUCAUACCUCAAGAACCAGCAACUACCAUGCCUAACUACUGUGCCUCCGAUAUUACAAACAGUUACAUCAACACUCCAGUUAGCGAAACAAAUAGCACGCUUCACCCAGGACCGAUAAAAGCUCCCAUAAUCUUUACUUCUGUUAACACGGAAACCCCAAAAUCUCCAUCUGAAUGCACACUAAAGGCUCCUGCGAUUUUCACUUCUCCUGCAAAGGAAACUCCAACCGCUUCAUCUAUUUGUGCAUCAGAAACAUCGCACGAAGCACCAGUUUCACCAAUGGCGAUAUCUUUAGUCCAACCAACAGCAACUCGUCUAAUAGCUCCAUUAACAGUUUCACCCUUAAAUGAUUCUUUGAAUACUAUAAUUCCUUUAACCAUAGUGCCAAAAAUUCUGACUCCUACUGCAGUCACACACGAAAUAUGCGAUGAUUCUGUAUCCACAAAUACGCACAUUAUCGGUACAAAUAAAACAGCAUCUGUUAAAGCUGAAACUACUAUUUCACCAAGAUUUAAUCCCGAGACCCUACACCUACCGCCUAUUAUAACUUCAUCAGGCAACGUUUCAGACCCUAACAUUUCUGCUAACCUAGUACCCAGAGCUUCUAUAAAUAAAACUAGCGCAAUCACUGUUGUGUUAGAUCGGCCCAGAUUGACAGUUGGAAAUGACCAGGACACUGUGACGUCAGCUGGCAAAGAUUCAGAUCCUGUUACGUCUGCGAGCCUGGUACCCAGAAGUGUAACUCCUAAAAAUGAAAGGAGCGCCCCCACCUCUGUUACGUGGAAUCAAUCUGGAUCUAUCGACAAGCAGAAUAUUGAUACAAUACUCCCAUGCCGAAGAUUGGAGAAUAAGGGAUUAACAAAACUCACAACUCCGAAGGGAACAGUUCUGUCUUGUGCAGGCUUAGAUGUUACUCCAGAAGAAAUAAAGAAAACUACUUCAACCUCAGUAACAAAUUUUGAAAAUGACCUGUUCUGCGAUAUGGCGGUCUCCACAACAAAGUUAAUAAACACAGCCUCUUUUAACUGCGGUUCUCCUUUAGCCCAGUGCAGUUUUAACGCUGACGUCCAUCCAACAAUGUCAUCAGUUUCCACCAAUACAGACGAAGCGAGGAGCGAACCGAUCGUAUUGGCAAACGUUAACUUGACGAACGAUAAACUAAGGAAUACAACGGAAACGUGUGUACAGUACAGCAACAAAGGAAAGGAUGAUUCUCUUGGCUCUGGUCGUAUCGGUCACAGCAGGCUGAUGUCUGUUCGUAUGCUCGGUGACUCUGUCUCCGAUAUGGGUACACAAGUUCAACCGUUACUCAACGAUGCAGAGACCCGAACAAUACCCAAGGGUCUCAAUUCGGCUUCAGUGUUGACUUCGCAUUUCUUAUUGGCUGAUCACCUUCAGAAAGUUAAGGAGGAAAACGGAGAUUCGACGAUUAAAGAUGGCGCUAUUGGCAAGAAAGAAACCGCGAGAUUAGAAGAGGCACCACAAGAACCAAAUUCAUCUAAAGCUCCAGUCAAAAUGGAAGGACAAACCCACGAGCCUGAAAAGCCUAGCCGAGUGGUGGAACCGCGACAUCCCAGCGUUGUGAUUUCCAGCAAUUUGAACGCGACUAAAUGGAUGAAUGGAUGUGCUAAAGAGGAUUACCAAUCCAUAAUAGAUAUAAGUGAAAUGACAGUCUCGGAGUCCCUAGAGCGAGCGACACUUGCUGUCGCCACUUCGAACGCGUUCAAAACGUCUGAAGGUCAAAAUGCUAAUCAAGGCGCGGCUAUCAACUGUGUGACCGCUAAGCCUAUUGGUGUUAUUUCUGACGUAAACUUGGCUGAUGCGAUCCCUGUUAGAGAUGUGGAUGGCCAAGAUAUUGUCAAAGUUGAUCAGCAAAUUGCUGAAAUUGUAGAAGAGCCAAACAUAGUAUCAGGUGUGAAUGUAAAACUCCCGAUCCUAGUCAAACGAAAGUCAGUUGCCGUCUUGACGUCUCGUUACCUUCUGACGCAGCCCAUACAAUGCCACAAGGAAACUUCUGAGUGUCUGUACGUUUAUGAAAGAGCUCGUUGCGUUGUUCACAAUCAAAGGACUGACGCAAGCGUUCAAAUCAAAUCUACCCAUCUUGCAAUUGGAGAAAAUAGUAGAGAAAAUAAAUGGACGCGAGAUGACGUUGCUGUUGACUUAGCGAUGUCAAUUGUCAAAGCUGGAGAUUACAAAGAAGUUGACAAUUUGGCUGAAGCAGUUUCUCCUAGAGUGUACAAGACGCUUUAUGAGACUUCAAGAUUAAUUGCCAAAGAACGCUCUUUGUCGAAGGAAAUUGAAAAUGUUGGAAACAAAACAGAUAAAAACGAUUUGCUGGAAGAACAACUAACGACAUCUUGCCGUUACUACAGCAAACUCCUGACCAAGAAUAUUACUCGUAUGAAGGAGAGUUUUAAAAAACGUCUACCCAUACCGGUAUACAGAGCGGCGACAUCUCAGAAGUACAUCGAAGCGUUCACAAUGAAACCCAGCGGUCGUCAAGAUGUGAAAUGCCAAGCGAAAAUCGACUUUAAUUCCAGUGAUAAUUGCCUUCUGACGCCAGCGGCUAGCGCCAUUGAUAUAAGGGGGGGAAGACAGUCAUGA